AUGUCUUCCCUCCAAGCUCCCCAAUCCUACAACUCCCUCCGUUUCAACCACAUCAAAGUCUCUCAUGUCCCAGCAUCCUCUCCUACUCCCACAGCCGUCAUUCAGAUCACAUUGUCUCGCCCGAAUAAGCACAAUGCCUUUACAGAUGUCAUGAGACAAGAUCUCGAAAGAGCGUACGGGUUAAUCGAUAUUGACGAACGAGUCAAGGUUGUGGUUUUGACUGGAGAGGGCAGGAGUUUUUGCGCCGGAGCCGAUCUUGAGAUCGGUUUCCUCGGUGGCAAGAAGGGAGAUGGCAGUGUUGCGAAUGCGAAGACUGAACGUGAUGUAGAUCACAGGGAUGGAGGUGGCAGAGUGUCUUUGGCCAUCCAUCGCUGCACCAAACCCACCAUUGCCGCCAUCCAAGGUGCCGCAGUCGGUGUCGGUAUCACCAUGUGCUUACCUGCAUGCAUACGAGUUGCAUAUUCCAAGGCCAAGGUCGGCUUCGUCUUUUCCAGACGUGGAAUCAUCAUGGAAGCCUGCUCCUCCUACUUCCUUCCUCGCCUGAUCGGACACUCGAGGGCCCUACACCUGACCACGACUGGUUCAGUAUAUACCGCCGACAAUCCUCUCUUUGGCACACUCUUCUCCGAGCUUCUUCCAAGCCCAGAAGCAACAUUGGCUCGGGCCUUGGAAUUGGCUGACGAAGUCGCCAAUAACACGUCAACGGUCUCUACCAAGAUGAUGAGAGACCUCAUGUACAGAGGCCCCGACAGUGCCGAGGGUACCCACCUGCUCGACUCAAAAGUCAUCCAUGGAUUAUUCGGCAGCAAGGAUAACAAUGAGGGAGUCCAAAGUUUCAUGGAAAAAAGGCCUGCGAAGUUUACGGGACAGAUCCCUCAAGACGCACCUGACGCAUAUCCUUGGUGGAGUCCUGUUGAUAUUAACGGUGGUGUCGUAGAGGGUCAGCGCCCAAAGCUGUAA